AUGGACGCUCAGUCUUCAGCUAAUCGCGCGUCCUCUUCCUCGGACUCGACACCCUCCAAGAAGCGUAGAGCCACUUCUGGAGCCUCAAAUCAAGGGCUCGGAGUCGCCGUACCAGCCAGAACUGAGCCCCACAGGAAACGGAGUGGCUUGCCGCUGCUACUGUGCACCCCCGGGGCCGAGAACCCCAUCCUGGCAGCACUAGGAGGGACUCCGCGCUCUCAAGCAGCCGUCGUCGACGGAUUACCAGAGCCAGAGCCUCUCGAUCUGUCCCAGUGUAGCGCGGCGACGUCCAUGGACAGCAUGAGGGAGGAGAAGAUGGAGACUCACGUGAAGGAGGAGAAGAAGGAGAGAGAUGCGAUAGUGAAGGAGGAGAAGGUCAACGCUAUGGACCUCAAUCAGGAACACAAGCCUCAUGUCAAGACGGAGAAGAGUGAGACCAAAUACAGAGUUGACGCAGCUCCAUUUGUGGGCAAGAGGAAACGCGAAGACGCGAGUGAGGAGGACAAGACGACGGACUUUGUGGCGUAUGCCAGGGAACACAUUCACAGCCAGGAAGCAGGCGAGGAGGGAUUCUCGAUUGACCCGUCGGAACGAGCGGUGGAGCAUCGUGCAAGUAAAGUGGUACGUCGAGAGAUAUUGAUUACCUCUCCUGCUGCCAAUGAUGACGAAGAGUGGGAAGGAAAUGGGCCCCUUGAAGUGAAAAUGGAGGAAGUGGAAGCGGUGCUGACUCCCUCGGAGCACUUCGACCUGCAGCCUAUCGACAUCAUCUUGCACGUGUUCUCCUUCUUAGUGACGGCGAAGGAUCUGCAGAAUAUGGCCCAAGUGUCGAAGAAGUGGAAAGAGCUCACCAGUCGACGCUCGUUGUACCGAUCUCUUGCCAGUGUGACGCCGGAAGGAUCAGUGAACUGGAUCAACUUCAAGAACUUGGGUAUAAAGAACAAAGGGACCGAGGGAACCUGUAUCAAGUGCUGUCAGCGAUCGUCUGGCAAGAUCUUGGCUAUGAAGAAGGCCAGAGUGUUCCCCAAGGGCGAAGGAGUUCCUUACUACAUGCUCCGAGAACUAGCUGUGCUGAAGGGAAUCAAGCACGACCACAUUGCGUCUCUUGAGCUCAUUAGUCUCGCAAAGGACGAGCUUCACGUAUUUUUCCCGUACGUGGACAAAACGCUACAUGAAAUUAUUAAUCCUUCGGGUGACCCGAAUGGAGGUCGCGUGUUGCCGGAGGCUGUGAUUCGCAAACUUCUUCACCAACUUCUGGAUGCCAUCGCGUACUGCCAUCGCCGAGGCGUUUUGCACCGCAACCUCAAACCGAAACAUCUGCUUAUCAAGACGUCCGACACAGACGAUCUCAGCGAUGCUACGCUGCAGAUCUCUGACUUUGCGCUAGUCCGAGCUACAGGAAUCCCUCGUCGAACCUACACAAUGGAGGUGGUGACGCUGUGGUACCGGCCGCCAGAGAUCUUGAUGGGAGUGCGCGGAUACUCGUCGGCGGUAGACAUCUGGUCAGUUGGCUGCAUCUUUGCUGAGAUGGCCCAAGGCAAGCCCCUCUUCACAGGCAUUUCAGAGAUUGAUCAGCUGUUCCAGAUCUUCAGCAAGCUGUCGACACCCACGUCCGAAACGUGGCCAGGCUUUUCGUCCUUGCCGAACUAUCACUUUGAGUUCCCACACUGGAAGCGCCGACCUUUGAAUCGCCUGUUCCCGGGAAUUUCGGAUCUUGGUAUCGACCUGCUGACGAAGCUGCUCGUAUACAACCCCGACCAGCGAAUUACAGCCGAAGAUGCGCUUCGUCAUCCGUAUUUCUCCAGCGAGGCGCCUUCGUUUUUACCGCUGACACCAAAGAUUCCUAUGGACCAAAUGUGCUACACGAUGAGCCGCGCAAGGAUCGGCCCGACUCCUGAACAUGUGGAGCUCUUCCACGCAUACUUGCGCCAGACAGAGCUAGAUUCAUGGAGAGAGAUCAAGUACUUGAGCCGCCAGAAAACGCUCCGACCUGCCCACCGAUCAAUGCUUGUCGACUGGCUAAUUGAAGUGGUGGACGUGUUCGAGAUGUGCCUGAGGACCGCUUUCUUGGCAGUUAAUUACACAGAUCGAUACCUGGACAUCGUCAUGGUGAAAAAGACGCAGUUUCAACUUCUUGGAGCGACGUGUCUGCACGUCGCGUCCAAGUGUGAAGAUGUAUCCUACAUCGGAGUGGAGGAUCUCGCCAUGUGCGCCGACAACGUGUACACGUCCGUGGAAGUGCUGGAGAUGGAAGAAAAACUGUUGAACACCCUCAACUUUUCACUUUCGGUGCCCACUGCGCUGGAUUUUCUCAACAUCUACGAACGUAUGAUCCCACCUAUCCAGAAGAAGACGUCCAUGCUGGCGCAUUACUUGCUUGAGCUGGCCCUACAAGAGUACCAGUUUCUGAAGUAUUUGCCGUCGGUUGUGGCUGCGUGCUGCUUGUCGAUGGCGAUGUACACGAUGGACGGGUUCCCAAUGACGAAGGAACUGGUGGAUGCUUGUCGGUACAACUGGUCGGACCUGAAAAAGUGUAUGGGAGAGCUCCAAACGCUGUACUCUAACUCGCCGUCGAACAAUUUGGCGGUGAUCAAGAAGCGCUACUCGAAGGCUGAACGCUGCCAGGUGGCGAAUGUAUUGCCACCGACGACGUUCAGUAUGGCAUUUUAGUUGGUUUAGUCUGUAUUUGUGGGCUACAUAUUUAGAGCUCGGUCUCUAGGUGAGUGAACUAACGUUACCUACGCUGCUGGCAUCACCAGUUCCAGGAAGCGAUUACGUGCUCGUCCAACCUUCAGACAACGAGAAAACUACAACAUAACAAAGACCGAAUACAAGCGAGCACUUGACGGAUUUCU